CAAGUACAACAGCUCAACAUACAACGACAGAGUUUUUGUUGGUCGAAGACGAGUUUUCGUACCAGAAAUUUCCGGAAGAGAUCAGCUACCGUCGCGUUCCCCUGGAGCCAAUUCUGUUGUCACACCACCGGGCGCAGCUGCUGUAUUUCAAUUGCUGGGUCCAAAAAGUAAUAGUCGCAUUUCUGAAGAAGGUCCAGGAGCUCGAGAUCGCUGUCUAUCCCGAAGGCAGCACCAACUGGAAAGAGUGGGUACCUAUAC